UUCAGUGAAAGCUGUUUCUGCGCUAAUCCCCACCCGAUGCACCCACCAGCAGCUCCUAUUCACACCAGAUCCUCUGACAGGAAUACAGAGAAACAGGAACCAAAUGAAAAUGGAUCAUUUUGACGACUUGGCAAUCAAAAAUAGCGCUACUUUAAAACGGGAGUCACGUGCACCAUUAGAGGUGUGAAUAAAAUGGGAACACGAUAUUUGAUGUUUAAUUUAUUCACACUACAAAAAUGAAGCUUGGGCUCACUUUAUUCCUGCUUCUGUGCUUCGAUUUCAUGGAUUCAGUGAUGGGGUAUUUGACAGUCAGUAUCGAACCUCUCCCGCCUGUGGUCAUGGGAGAUACAGUGACUUUGAAGUGCAAUUUCAGGACUGACGGCAACCUGAGAGAAAUCGUGUGGUUUCGGGUUACAGAAGGUGGUAGCUCUAAGCAGAAAAUCUUUACCUAUGAUGCCAUGUACAAUACCAAUUUCUCUCACAUGGAGGACUUUCGCAGAAGAGAAGAUCUUGUUUACCAGUCAACUGUUAGGUUGCCUGAAGUACAGAUGGAAGACAGCGGGCCUUAUGAAUGCCAUGUGGGAAUCUACGACAAGGCGUCCAGAGAGAAGGUGGUCUUAGCAUCUGGAAGCAUAACACUUGCUGUUAUGUCACCUCCGAAAUCCAUCUCUGUAAUCGCAGCCGACCAACCGUCACGAUUCAGUCACUAUGAAGCUCAAAACUUCACACUCAUAUGCAUUGUGACUGGAGGAAAACCUGCUCCUGUGGUGCACUUUAAGAGAGAUGGCGAGUUGAUCGAGGUACUUCCCUCAGCCCAGCCAUCAGAGGCAGCUCGGAAGAGAGGCUUGCACUCGGCCAAACGCAGCAGGCCAUUGAUUAGCCGAGAACUCGAUGACACCAAGCGCCAGAAGUCCCUUUCUCACCUGGAGCCAGAUAUCGAGCCGCUGAGGUUGGAUGGGGCUCGUCAUCGCCACAGUCUCACUUCAGGGGCUCUGGGUCAGGGGAGUGCCAGUCCCACUACCGAGGUCAUCCCAGAGACGGUGGUGAGCAGAGAGUUUCCACGCUGGGUUCUCAGCUCCAGCCCGCUCUACUACUUCAACCACACACGGACCGAGCUUGUCGACGGCACCAUGCAGGUACAGGCUAUGCUCACCUGGCACCUGAACCCACAGCUCGAUAAUGAGGCACUGUUUAGCUGCGAGGUCAAGCACCCAGCUCUCUCCAUGCCCAUGCAGGCCGAAGUCACGCUCUCUGCUCCAAAGGGACCAAAACUCUCCAUGACUCCCAGCAGAGUAAAAGUGGGAGACACUGUGCGCAUCACUGUGGAGGGAUUCGAAGUGGGAAUAAAAGGGAAUGAGGUAUUUCCAGAGCCCCUGUUCACAUGGAAACGUGUUGGUGGGCUACUGCUGGAUGGCAGUGAUGAGAGGGAAGGCAAGGUUCUGGUUCUUGAGAGAGUACCUGCAGAGCUCAAUGGCUCCAUGUACCGCUGCACUGCUGAGAAUCCACUAGGUUCUAUCAACACACACACACGCCUCAUAGUGUAUGAGAAUCCAAGAAUAAAGAAGGAGACACUACACUUAAAUGUUGCUGACUCGACUGGACUUGUACCGGGACCCACACUCACCACACUGCUGCUAUCACUGAUCCUGGAGUUUACAUGAACAAACACAGACGAGACUCGCAUCUUUCCUCUCCCGGACAUCUUCUGUUCACCUAAAAGACUUAAUGCAGACUGUGUGAGCCACGGUCUUGCUCCCGAAUGAAAAACUGUGCAUGUGAGCUACAGUGUAUGAAAGUGCAUAAUUACCACACGCUUGCCAUCUAGUCCAUUAUCAAAUGGACUUGACAUCAGUGUCACCUGCAAGAUCUGACCUGUAGAUGGCAGUAGAGACUUCUAGACACACAAAUGACAAGUUUGGUCAGUUCUGUUAUGUCUUAGAGAAGUUGAUUGUACUCUUAUUAAAAAGGGGGGUUAGCUGGAUCGUGUAAUAGCUAAAGCGUGUGAAUAAGGAAGACACCGUGUUGUAGGGAUUUACAAAGAACCUUUACAGGUUUCCCUAUAUUCUAAAAAAUGAUAGAUUUAACCUUUCAAGUGUGUAGUAAAACCACCCUGCUAUUGUCUGUCACACAGUUUUCUACACAAUUGUCUAACCUUGUAAAAAAAUUAAUGAAUAACACACACACACACACACACACACACACACACACACACACACACACACACACACACACACACACACAUUUUUCCUUGGGAAAGGGGACUCUGUCUCUUCUACAACCGGGGUUCUCAAACGUUUUACACCCAGGGAUCCUUUUAACUGUAUAUAAAUAAUGCUGUUCCUUGGAUCUAAUAAUAAAUUCCACAGACCCCCUCAACACAGAUUUAUUUCAUGAACAUAAUCCAACUCUUCAAAUGUUAGGCUAAUUAUAGCUCAUAGAACUUUUUAUUCUCGAACUUUCCACUGACAGAACACAUUAUUUCACAUCAGUUCACAUUAUUUGUUAUUCAUAGGAGACUUGUUUUUGAGUUACUGAGGUUUGGAUUAAACCUGUUUAUUUUAUGUGACCAGUCAAACCAGUUAAUAAUGAUAAGAACUCAGUAAUAAAUAUAAC